GUUUUGUGAAUUGAUCCACAGGGCAUGGAUCGGAGGGUGGCCAAUAAGGUGGUGAUAUUUUGGGGUGAUGCCAUUAUCAUUCUUUAAGCAGCUAGGCAAUAUUUUCGCUCUACACUUGUCUAGUACCCAUUUUUCUUGCUGUCCAAUUGUCGCAUUACUUUUUAUUGCUGUCUAAUUGUCGCAGUACCCUUUGUUGCUGUUCAAUUGUCUUAUUACCCAAUUGCUUGAUGCUCAAUUGUCCUAUUUUUAGAUUCAUGUAUUUUGUCGCUUAUUUUCCAAAAUUUCAUGGGAUUUUCAAAAUUUUGGUUCGCACUCUGAAACCAAUCAACGCCAAACCUGAACUACACUCUUCGGUAUUAUAUUUUUAAUUUUGUUUUAUUUUUUAUUUUAGAUUUUUUACUAUCUUCCUGUUCUUACUAAUAUACAAAUGAAUAACAAAAAUGAUUCCUUUGAUGAAUUUUGGCAAGGAAUUGAUAUUCUUAAACAAAAACAAUCUCCAAUUAAUUCAAUUAAACGUCCAAAAAUUGGUGUACAACAACAACUUUUUAAAUGGCUAAAACCUAAUAAGAAUAAUAUUAAUGGUAAUGAAUGUUCUAUUAUUCCAGCAUGUGAAAAACCCAUAGCCAGUGUUUCCUCCCCAUCUUCAAUUCAUUCUUGUUCUUCUUUCUCAUCAUCAUCUAAUUUAUCACCACCAACUAAGAAGUCACGUAUAUUCAAACGUCGUCAACAUCAAAAACUAAUUGAAUUUGAAUCUGGUGUGAAAGGAUUUCCUUCUCUACAAAACAACAACAAUCAUUUACUUGUUUAUGUUCUUGGUGUAAAUAAAGGAGCUGACGAUCUUGGAAAACCUUUCAUUAAUUUAAAAUGUGAAUUGGCAACUGGGUCUGUUUCUUCUAAAAUGCGCAAAAUCAAUGUUUAUCUUCGUGAUUCCUGGGCUGUUGAAACUCCAGAACUUUGUACCCGUCAACUUCUACGAUUAAUUGAGCCAAACAAAAUUAAUGAAAAUACAUUCGAAAUUUGUGAUUCUUCCGAAGAUUCUUGUGGUGGAUUGCUUAUAGUAGAACCGGAGACACUCAUUUCCAGCACGCAAUUAUCGCAAGCACAUUACUGUCCAAGAAAAGCAAUGUUCCAAGAUCGAUUUAGAAGUACAGAUACAACAAUUGCGAUGACUGUUGGAACGAUUGCUCACGAACUUUUUCAGAUAGCACUAGAUUUACUUCCUUCAGAACUUUCAGCUGAAUGGCUUUUUAACUUCUAUAGAAAACAUUUCUUGACGAAAAUUUGUCCUGAUCUUGUUGGAAUGGAUUGUUCCCUUGAAAAAUUUGAAGAAGAACUUCGGCGUUAUUUGGAAAAUAUUUCUGAUUGGAUUAAGUCACAUCAUCCACACUAUAAAAACGAAAAGAAUAGUCAACCAAUCGCUCAAAUACGACAACAGAAUAUUGAAAAUGAUGAAAAUAAUGAUCCUAAUUUACCUAAUGAGCCCUUUUUCUAUUCAGAAACGGUUGAUAUUGAAGAAAAUAUUUGGACACCAACUAUUGGAUUUAAAGGCAGAAUUGAUGUUUCUUUUAUGGGUGGUGGGAAUACUUCACCUUGUUCAAACUCAAAUCAAUCACCUCUAUCAAUUAAUAAACAAUCCAAACUUGUUGUGCCGCUUGAAUUGAAAACAGGCAGAUCUUAUGGAUCAUCUGGCUGUGUAGAACAUCAAACACAAGUAAUGCUUUAUUCACUUAUGCUAUCUGAACGGGUGAAUAAUGGACAGCUCAGUUUAGGCUUUUUACUAUAUCUACGGGACAAUAAAAUAGCUUUAAUUCACCCCAAAGCUGUUCAAUUACGUGGAAUUAUUCAAAUGAGAAAUAGACUAGCUACUCAUUUUUCAAAAUUUACAAUUGAUUCAUUUCCAGAUCCUCUUCGAAAUCCACGAAGUUGUAUUAAUUGUCCUUAUUCUACUCUAUGUGGUACAAUUGCUUUAGGAAAUGAAAUUUAUGCGAAAGAAGAAGAAUCUUCCAAAAAUAAGACUCAAAAAUCUCGAUUAAAGAAAUUUUUAUCUCCUAAAAUUAAUAAUGAGGAAUUAAUGGUUGUUGACGAAAAAAUUAAACAAAAUGGAGUUGUUAAAAUUGCAAAUGAUAAACCUCAACGAACUUUAAAAAAUAAAAUUUCUGAAGAAAUGUAUAAUUUUAUUUUACAACAAACUGCUCAUUUAAACCAACAAGAAAUUCUUCAAAUAAAUUCUUGGAUAAAAAGUGGACUUGAAGAAUGGGGAAAAGCUUGGGAAAAUGGUUCAACAUUACGAUUAUUUAGAAAAACACCAAAAGAAAGAGAAUUAUUUGGAACUUGUCUAUCAAAUAUGCGUUUAAUUUCUUCUAAUUGUAAUAAAAAUGAUGUUGACAGUUUUAAAAAUUCUUUUUUAUUACAUUUUACUCGAGAAAGCAAUGAAAAAAUAACUGAAUUGGAAAAUUUUCAAUUAAAAGUUGGUACAACAAUUACUAUUUCAACAAAUAAUGCUUAUGCCUUAUUAAUUGCAAAAAUUCAUUCAAUUGAUAUUUCAACAAAUUCAAUAUUAAUUAUUUCUGACAAAGAUUUGUCUAAAAAUAUUGUUGGCAAAGAAGAAGAUGCUCAAAUUUAUUAUCAUUUGGAUAAACAUGAUGGUUUUACAUCUUAUGCUUUAGCUCUUGGAAAUAUAUCUGGAUUAUUAGAAAAUUCUCAAAAAGCGUAA